AUGGCCUGGGAAGAAGUUUCGGCCGGUUACUACGAGCGUCCCUUUGACUCGCUCGAGAUUUUCUACCGUGUCAUUGCCGACGCCGGUACUCCUCUGAACAAACAGCACUAUCUUAUUUCGUCUGCCCUCAAAUUCAAGUCUCUACCCGGAGUGCAGACACUCCAAAACGCAUGGAAAGUGCUCCGACAGCGAUACCCCCAGAUCGCGGCCACAGUCAAAGAAGAUGGCAGUCGAUUCUGCUACAAGGUCCCUACGCUGGAAGAAUUAGAAGCAUGGGAGACAGAAUCUUUUAUCGUUGACAACGGAAGCUCGGCGAAUGAGAAAUAUGAAAACGAGCCACCCUCAUCCAAAUUCUUGCUCUUUGUUCUGCCUGAAAAGCGCGAGCUGCUUUUUCGCAUGCCCCAUUGGCGUAUCGACGGUAUUGGUCUUAUGGACCUGCAGAACAUCUUUCUUCAGAUUCUCGCCAAUGGCGUCCCAGAGACUAUCCACUUCGAUGGCUCCGAAGCUAAGAACCUUCAUCUCUCUUUGGACGAGGCCGCUGGUGUGCCUACUACUAUGACCGAGGCUACCUCUAAGGCUGCAGACGAGGAACUGGCUUAUUUUACGGACAACCAACCGUCCAUUAACAUUCCUACUCUGCCCAAUGUCAUCCCUACUACCCCGCGACGUCUUGAGGUAAAAUUUUCUGCCGACGCCACAAAGCGUGUCAUCAGUGCAUGCAAAGCUCGCAAUUUCUCCGUCACUACUGCGAUCCACGCUGCAUUAGUCGUUGCUACACUCCCAUUCGCAGAGCAUGGCUUUGACCCUGCUACUCGUGGCCAAGGCGGUGGGAAGUAUACGGGUUUCAAUGCUAUCGAUCUGCGUAAAUAUCUUUCUCCACCUUAUAACGGCCCGGCGGCAGCAGCUAGCAUUUACCAUACCGGACUCCCUAUCAGCGUCAAUCUCGACCUCUGCAAAGGUUUCGAUGCGAUCUCGGCCUCGAUGUCUAAGGAUUACAAGAGGAAGUUAAACAAGGACGAGCCACGCAAUCUAUUCCGAUUUAUGUCUGAAUAUGUGGGCAAGGUUCUUAUCGCGCUUGGCGCCCAGCCUGAGGAUCCUUUACGUGCCGCGGCCCAUCCAGAGCUCAGCUCAAUUGGCAUUAUUAAUGACCAUGUUUUGGCGAAGCAUGAGGGUCCUGCAACUACAGUUGAGGUAGAGGAUUGGUGGAUUGCUAUUGAGUGUAUUAAUAGAUUACUCCUCACGAACGUCUGGACCUGGAAUGAUGAAAUGGUUCUCUCUGCUAACUGGAACGCGGCUUUCUAUGAGGAUGAAUUUGUUUCUAGAUUUCUAAACGAGUGGAAGGAGGUCGUUUUGGAGUCCCUGGGUGCGAACUGA